AUGCAUCAUUGCCAGCUCAAACUGGACUGGUCUAUCAUCGAAUCUCUUGGUGGUUUUGACGUCUUGGAUGCGGCUGGAGCAAGGUCAAUUGGCUGCAAUGUUCGGAGCCCCUGCACCUGGUGUGAUAGGUCAGAAGACAUCUUGGUGAUUGAUGAUCUAGGUUCACGGUUGAGUGUGGCCAAUUUGCAUUACAUGGCACACGUGCUUAUCGUGGUAGGAUCAGACGAAAUCUACCGACUGAUUGACGACCUAUCGGCGAUACUGCCAGAUGUGGCAGGACUUCAAGUUCAGCGAACGCAGCAGUUGCGCAGGAUCUUGGUGGAGCCUAUCCUGAUGCAGCGGCAGCUACAUGGAACUUGGGUGCUGAUCUCGUUAACAGCUACGCUGGUCAAUUUGGAUGCAGGACAAUUUGCCAGCAAAAUGUCAUGGUUGGCGGAUGCUGCGACGACUAUAAGCAGCGCCUUUGACGGCAAUUACCUCCCAGCUGGAACUCAAAUUGACAAUCCAGGCGCAUUGUUCUCACAGAUGUCACAGCUAUGGCAGCGUGUACCUGUGGGGAUCAACGAUGUGCAUACGAUGCCAACGAUCCAGCAUGGUUUCUUAGCAAACAGGACAAUCUUUUUGGCUUUGAUGGCUGAGGAUGAUCCUGUUAUGCAGCGCAUGUUCAUUGGCGCUGAUGCUUCAGAGAUAGAUUUUCCCGCAAAUGCCAGGACUGGUUGUCUCACUGGUUUUCGUGAUUCAAUCUUACCAAGUCAAGGGGCCAUGGAAAAAUGUGCCUUCAAGAUGGUUCCUGGAUUGCUGGAACCAUAUCGGGUCGCGACUCAAGAGCUAUGCAAACAGGAAUGCGAUCACAUUUCUUGGUCGCUGGUGACUCCUCAAGUCAUCGGGAGAUCAUGGGCAGCGGUGAGAGAUGUGGAGAAUGUGCAAAUCGAAGUUGAGGAAGAUGAUCCCUCAUCUGCAGCCAGGAAUGGUGUGAAAUCAUUCGCUGCUUUUGUGGCAGCAGCACUGCGCGAGGCAGCUGGGGGCGCUGCGUUGGUACCACCGCAAUUUGCAAACAUGUUGCGGCUUCAGAUCUCAUUUCAUGAUUCGGGGGUUAUCCUUCAGACAGGUGUGAUUCAAGUUCCACUUGAUACGAAUGGUUUCCUGGUCAUUGAGACUAUGCCAAACAUUGGUAGGAACCUGGGCGACCUGGUCGAGAGAGCUCUUGAGGGCAUCUCCACGGAUGAGGAGUAA